UUGGAAUACCAAAACGUUUGGUCUAUGAUCAACCCAAUAUACAUUAAUUUCCUCCAAAAUAAAUCGUCCAUUUUCGCAAUGGGAAGAAACCCAAUAGUAGUAUUUGUUUCGAUUAAGCAGUUGCAAACAGGGACCUGAAAUAUUUUAUCCAUUACAUCACCAUAAAAUGGCUAUCCGACUGCCACGCCAUCAAACGACAUAUCCAAAAGAUUCGUACGAGUGGUAUUGGUGAGUCCAAGCUUUUUCAAUUUCUUUUAAAAAUAAUAAAGAAAAAGAAACAAAAGCAAUGCUUAGAAUAGGAGUGAUAGAGAAACAAGAAAUUAAAGGUAUAGCAAGAGAAGAGGUGAGCUAGCUUGCUUAAUUGUAUGAGAUAGGUAUGGCCUCAACAACAUGCACCCCUCUCUCUCUUUCUUCUUCAUCCAAGGCUCCUCCUCGUCUUCAACCACCAGCAGCCGCCCAAUGCGUCGCGGUGGCUCCUCCUCCUCUCGCCAAGACCACGUCCUACCGGCCUGCAGGUAGGAAGAUCGGGCGGAAUGUGGCGGCCAUGGCUACUGGAGAGGCGUCGGCUGAAGUGGUUAAUGUUGGCAGCGCUGAGACUCCAGAAAUAGUUGAAAAAAUUCAGCAAGCCUGGGAGAAAGUUGAAGACAAGUAUGCCGUUACUUCUCUGGUGGUGGCGGGAGCAAUUGGACUCGUUGCUUGUGCCGGAGUCAUCUCGGCUAUUGACAAGCUUCCACUCAUACCUGGAGUUCUGGAGCUCGUAGGAAUUGGAUAUACUGGCUAUUUUGCAUAUAGAAAUCUGGCGUCUAAACCAAACAGGGACGCACUGAUUCAGAAAAUCAAAGGAACGUACAAUGAUGUAAUUGGGAGCAGCUGAAACCACCUACCGAUGUAACAUAUACUACAUUUUAAUUACCAUUUCCGCUCGCCUGUAAUUCUCAUCUUCAUCUCCCUUUUUUUUUUCUUUCUAAUUUAAUAAAAAUAGUAAUUUUUGGACAUA